UCCAGGAGGUGGGAGGACAUUUGCCCCGAUCACCUCAAAGCACGAGUUGAGCUUGAAGGAGCUGGCACCUGGGACCUGCACUGUGAGCUCUCUGGUCUGGGGUGGCCUUGACAAUGUUGGUCUGACUCAUUGGUCUGUGUCUCCACCCUAUACAGGGCUCUGUCUUGCUUAUUACGCAAGUGGCUUUGACUCAGCUGCUGUGGACCAUGAAGCUGAUGGAAGCACCAACAAUGGCAUCUUCCAGAUCAACAGCCGGAGGUGGUGCAAAACUCUGAAGGAAUAUACCCACAAGUGGUGCAACAUGUACUGCACCGAGCUAUUGGAACCUGACCUUAAGAAUUCUGUUAUCUGUGCCAUGAAGAUAAGUCAACAGCCCCAGGGGCUGAGCAGCUGGGAGACCUGGAGGCAUCACUGCAUGGGCAAGGACCUCAGGGACUGGGUGGAAGGCUGUAACGACUAG